CGCCUCGGCUUUGUGAGUAGCUGGGACUACAGGCCAUGCCACCAAGCUGAGCUAAUUUUAUUUUUCAGUAGGGAUGGGAUCUUCCUAUGUUGCCCAGACUGGUCUCAAACUCCUGGGCCCAAGCGAUCCACCCGUCUAGGCCUCCCAAAGUGCUGGGAUUACAGGCGUGAGCCACCAGCAAGCCCCUUGUCAGUUUUUAAGAGCUCUUCCCAUUUCUGUUUAUUAACCUGUGCCACCCUCUGUGCUGCAAAUGACUCCUCCUCAAGUUCUGUCUAUUGUCUCUCUUUAUAAUGUUGUUGGUCACCUAACAUCUUAAGGUGCUAAGUUCUAUACACAGCGUCCACCUUGUACUCAGGGUUGUGGGUUUCCGACCUAGGUUAGGCAGGUCUCCUGGCUCCUGAGGGAGGGGCGCCCUCCCCUUCCCUCGAUGAGUCCUUAUCUCGCAGCCUGUCCCUUCCCACGGGUCGGGCGCAUAAAAGCGCGCGAGGCUGCGGCAUGGCACUGCCACCAUGUCCCCGCUGCGCCCGCUGCUGCUGGCCCUGGCCCUUGCCCUGGCCGCUGUGCCUGCGCCCUGCGCCCAGGGCGCCUGCCCCGCCUCGGCCGACCUCAAGAACUCGGACGGGACGCGCACUUGCGCCAAGCUCUAUGACAAGAGCGACCCCUACUAUGAGAACUGCUGCGGGGACGCCGAGCUGUCGCUGGAGCCGGGCGCAGACCUGCUCUACCUGCCCUCCAACUGGGCCAACACCGCCUCCUCACUUGUGGUGGCCCCGCGCUGCGAGCUCACCGUGUGGUCCCUGCAAGGCAAGGCGGGCAAGACGCACAAGUUCUCUGCCGGCACCUACCCGCGCCUGGAGGAGUACCGCCGGGGCAUCUUAGGAAACUGGUCCAACGCUAUCUCCGCGCUCUACUGCAGGUGCAGCUGAUGCUUUGCUGGUUUCUCAUCUGCAGCUUCCACAGAGUGCCAAGCCCCUCACUCAGCCCAUCCCUGGGCUCUGCUCUGGGGCCCCAAGACCCAGGAGGAGGAGCAUUCUGCCUGCCCCCUCCCACCUCCCCUGCAAUACAGCCUUUGUGCAGUUGU